GCUCCAAACAUAACGCGCUGUGGAAAACAUGCGGCUCUGGGGACGCCCCCGCCACUCCCGCUCGGGGCUGAGACCUGAGGGGGCCCGGGGCUGCCGAGGCCACGCGCAGCUUGGCAAGUGUCCCCAGAGCCGGACGAGCCGCACCGGAUGCCCCUCUGCCAAGCCCCGCGUGUCUUCGGCGGCUCGCUGCUGCUCCCGGCACAGGCGCCUCGGCUCUGCCAGGCGCGCCAGGAUGGCAGCCCAGCCCCCCUGCCGGGCCCGCCUCAGGAUGAGCCCGCGGCCGCGCGCCGCCCGAGCCCCAGGCCCCACCCCCUGCGGGCCCGCCGCCCCGCAGGCCGCGAAGACCCGCGCCUGCCCGGAGGCCGCCCCAGACCCCCACCCCCCCGACGCCAGAGAGGCAGCGGCCCGGGGCGGUUCCCGGCGAGAGGAGGCGGACGCGCCUAAGGAGGUGCUUCCGGGUCAGAGGCUGAGCAAGAUGGCGGCGCCCAUGGAGCUAUUCUGCUGGGCUGGGGGCUGGGGGCUGCCGUCUGUGGACCUGGACAGUCUGGCUGUGCUGACCUAUGCCAGAUUUACAGGCGCCCCACUGAAGGUACGAAAGGCCAGCAGUCCCUGGCAGAGCCCUUCAGGGACUCUGCCAGCCCUUCGAACCAGCAGUGGAGAGGUGAUCUCGGUCCCACACAAGAUCAUCACCCAUCUUCGUAAAGAGAAGUAUAAUGCUGAUUAUGAUCUGUCAGCUCGGCAAGGAGCGGAUACCCUAGCCUUCAUGUCUCUGCUGGAAGAGAAACUACUGCCUGUGCUAAUACAUACUUUUUGGAUAGACGCCAAGAACUAUGUGGAAGUGACCCGGAAAUGGUAUGCAGAGGCUAUGCCCUUUCCCCUCAACUUCUUCCUGCCCGGCCGCAUGCAACGCCAGCACAUGGAGCGGCUGCAGCUGCUGUGUGGCGAGCACAGAACAGAGAAUGAGGAAGAACUAGAGAAAGAGCUGUAUCAAGAGGCUCGGGAGUGUCUAACCCUUCUCUCUCAGCGUCUGGGUUCUCAGAAGUUCUUCUUUGGCGAUGCCCCUGCUUCCCUGGAUGCCUUUGUUUUUAGCCAUUUGGUCCUGCUGCUGCAGGCAAAGCUGCCCAAUGGGAAGCUGCAGGCCCACCUUCGUGGGCUGCACAACCUCUGUGUCUACUGUACCCACAUCCUUAGCCUCUACUUUCCCCGGGAUGGAGCUGAGGUGCCACCUCCACAGCAGACACCAGCAGGCCCUGAGACUGAGGAGGAGCCGUACCGGCGCCGGAACCAGAUUCUAUCUGUGCUGGCAGGGCUAGCAGCCAUGGUGGGCUAUGCCUUGCUCAGUGGCAUUGUUUCUAUCCACCGGGCAACCCCUGCUCGGACCCCAAGUACCCGGGCCUUGGGCAUGACUGAGGAGGAUGAAGAGGAAUGAUGUAUUCAUGCUCGUAGGACUGAUUUUUCUACUGUCAUUCAUUCCAGAUGCCCCUUUGUCUCCUCAUUGUUGGAGCAGCCAAAAAUGGGGUGCUAUCUAUAGAAUAAAGCUAUUUACACUGGGA